AAUACAAGUGAGUUUGUGAAAGGUCGCACCGCUUGUGUGCUUGGUGGAAUUUUCUGGAAAACUGUUUUCACAUGUUUGUACCCGUUUGUACAUUAUUUUAAAUGGAGCUGUUAAUUUGUUACAACAAGGGUUGUGGAUCUAAAUACGACCCUUUGAAUAAUUCCGAUGAUGCCUGCCUGUAUCAUCCUGGGGGACCAGUGUUCCAUGAUGCUCUCAAAGGCUGGUCUUGCUGCAAGAAGAGAAGUACAGACUUCACAGAGUUUCUCAACUUCCCGGGCUGUACCAGAGGUGCCCACAGCGAUGUGAAGCCUCCUGAACCAGAGAAGCCAGCAAAACCUGCCAUUGAUAUACCAGACACACCGAUGGAAGAUGAUGCCCCGCGGAUGAUGAAGCAGAAGGUGGAGGUGGGUGAGGUGGAGCGGCCCCCAGUGGACGAGCCUCUCUCACGCCUCCGGGUCACCGUGACCCCCUCCCUGGAGAAGGCCCUCGAGAAGGCACUCCAGAGUAUGAACAUCACCUCUACUGAGUCAGGGAUCUCCAACGGUGACAGCAAUCAAUUGAAGAUCGGUACACCAUGUACAAAUACUGGCUGCAAAGGGACAUACCAGUCUGCUGUGAGCAAUGAAGAGACCUGCAACUACCAUCCUGGACAGGCCAUCUUCCAUGAAGGCAUGAAGUACUGGUCCUGUUGCCAAAGGAAGACAUCUGACUUUACCAUCUUCCUGGAUCAGGAGGGCUGUCAGCAGGGACAACAUGUCUGGACCAAGAAGGAGAUGACAGACACACAAAAGAGCUGCCGUCUUGACUGGUUUCAGACUGGACCAAACACAAACAUCUCUGUGUUUGCCAAGCUAGCUGUACCAGACCGUACAUAUGUAGAGGUCAACCGCAUUGUCUGCAACAUACACAUUGUCUUUGAUGGAGGCAAAAGUGUUUUUAAGCAAUCCAUUAUACUAAGAAAUGCUAUUGUUCCUAAUCAAAGUGAGGUGCGGUUGCUGGGAACCAAGGUGGAAGUGAUACUGAGGAAAGCCGAGGCGUUCAGCUGGCCCUCCCUAGAGUACAGGGAACCAGCCAACCUCAGCUGACCACGGUCUGGCCCUCCCUCGAGUACAGAGAACCAGCCAACACCAGCAAACCAGGGAGAGGAAUAUGGGGUGGGAUGUGGGGUAUUGUGAUCAAACAGUCUAACACAAAUUCCUUGUCUCAUAUUUAUAUUCCAUUAUUUUACCUAUAACAUGUGCAUCAAAGAAGACAAAAUGUGUUUGAAUAGUGUUUUGACUACUGCUUUUGUCAGGCAUGGUUUUCUUUGUAGAUCAUUGAUAUUGACAUGAUCAAUAGCUAUACAUUUGUUAUAUCAAAACUGAAACACAUCAGUCUGUUUUAAAACUGAUGUUUGUUAAAUUUCUAUGUUACUUCACGAUUUAAGUUGUACAUGCAUGUUUGCCUUUUGACCAGUUUGUGUUCUUGUGUAAGAAUCAUCACCAUUAACCAUUUCCAUAUCAUGUGUUAUGUAUGUGUUGCAAUGAUAUUGAUGUGUUAAAACAUUAUGUGAUAUUUUACAUUGUGUACUCCUCUGUAAUUUCCCAUGUUUUGCAGUACUUGCUUUUCUACUGUAUAGUUUAACGGAGGCAUAUUGUUUUCGAACUGUCUGUCAGUAUGUCAGCAAUUUUUGCUUUCUAACACAACCAGGAAGGAAUCAAUCUAAUUUUGGAGUUAUGGUCCUUGGAGUUUUUAAAAUAUGGCUCUUUAAUAAUAAACCCUUUCUAACUCACCAUGUUUUCAACUGAUUGUUUCCCAAUUUUUGAAAACCAUCAUUAAGAGAUGUGUAACACCCGUGACCUUACCUCAAAGGUCAAGGUCAGGCUUUGAGUUCAAAUGUCCAAAUUGGGCAGAAAACAGUUUGUCCGGGCUUUAACUUUGCCAUCUAUUAUGCUAUUGAAAAAAAACAAAUCCUGUGACCACUAUAUAGAGAAAUGAAAGAUCUAAUUUUGCCAUACAUCAGCUUGUGCGGUUUGUAACUUUUAUCAUGCAGUUUUACAAAAGCUUAUGUAUAGCAUGUAUCACGUAUCUCAAAAUUGCAUAUCAAAACUCAGGCAAAUUGUAUGCUUGGGCACUUGCAAGACAAAAGGCUUUACAAAAAUGCGGAAUCCUAAAGGAGAUGAAAAAAACUGUACAUACAACAGGUCUUAAAAAGCUUGUGAAACUCCUGACUGAAUAUAGCAGUGUGUGAACAUUUGAAACAAAUCAAAGAAUGCCAUGUUAACCUCUUAACACAAUAAAAUAGAGUUUAAUGUAAACAUCAAAUACUAUUACAUUUUUUUUAUUCGGAAAAAAAACGUUAAAAAAAUGCUUGUAUAUUGCUUUACACGUCUGUCAGUAAGUCUGUAGUUACCUGAUCGGUCUGUUGGUCUGUAGACUUAGUUUCUGCGCCAUAUCAAAUGAACCCUUGGAUCUAUAACCCUGAAUAUUGGUUUCAUGGUUACUUGGGAGGGAAGGAUUUUCAGGUCAAAGGUCAGGGUCACAUGGGCUUGUAACAAGGGAUAUUUUUCGGAAAGUUUUUAUCCGAAAUGUUGUUUAUUCAAAGAUGGUGAUCAAUUUAUGAUCAUAUAAGUUUAUAUUUAAGUGAUUUAAUCAUAUUAAUUGCUAUGAUGGUCAGAAGGAUACAAAUACGCCUGUUUAUUGUAAGGUUAACAGGUGUAAGAUCAAUGUAUAGAUAAGUAUGCUGGUUAGUCUUGAGGAAAGAUGACCUGGAAGAAUUUACAGAUCAAGAUGUCAAGUCAAGGUCACAAAAUAAUUUCGCUGCAAGACAGGGGAGGGCAUAUAUUUUGCAAAAAUCUCCUGUUUACCCAUUUUAAUUUGUCUGUAUGUGUGCCAUAAAUAAAGAACAUAAUAUUUA